AUGGUGCGCCUCUGUGACCUCCUAACCCACCAAGAGGAGCCAGCCCCACUGAAGAGCAUCUCUGUGACCUUGUCGAUUUGUGAGUUUGUGGCUGGUGUGUCUGCUACCUUAAACUAUGAGAAUGAGGGGAAAGUUCCCUUGGAGGCCUUCUUUCCGAUGGAUGGAGACUCAGCUGUCUACAGCAUCAAGGCCAUGGUGGAUGGGAAGAAAAUUAUGGCAGAAUUACAGGAAAAGAUGAAGGCCCACACCAACUAUGAGAAUGCCAUCAGCCAGGGCCACCAGGCCUUCCUAUUGGAGGAGGACAUGAGCUCUAGGGAUGUCUUCUAUUGCAAUGUGGGGAACCUUCACCCUGGAUCAAAGGUGGCAGUCACCCUGAAGUAUGUGCAGGAGCUGCCCCUGGAAGCAGAUGGGGCCCUGCGCUACGUACUUCCAGCUAUCCUGAACCCUCGAUACCGUCUCUCUGGAUGGCCUGAGGACAGUUGCCUUAAUAUGAAGACUCCUGUAGUCCCUUUGGAGGACCUGCCCUACACACUCAGCCUCGUUGCCACCAUCAGUUCCCAGCACGGCAUCGAGAGGAUCCAAUCCGACUGUCCCUUGAGUCCUAUUGAGUACCAGGAAGAUGAUAAGACUUCUGCUCAGGUUUCCCUGGCUGAUGGAUGCAGAUUUCACGGAGAUGCGGAGCUCCUGAUUUACUACAGUGAGGUGCACACCCCCAGUGUGGCUGUGGAGAUGGGGACGCCUGAAACAAAGCCAGAUUGUUUGAUGGGAGGUCCAUCUGCGACGGUGAGUUUCUACCCAAAUAUCCCAGAAGCUCAGCCACCAAAUACCUGUGGAGAAUUUGUCUUCCUCAUGGACCGCUCAGGAAGUAUGCAGGGCCCCAUGAGUAAACAGGAUAAAUCUCAGCUGCGCAUAGAGGCAGCCAAGGAGACACUGAUUUUACUGCUGAAGAGUUUGUCUAUAGGUUGUUAUUUCAAUGUCUAUGGAUUUGGAACUCCCUAUGAGGCAUUCUUUCUGAACAGUGUGAAUUACAGUCAGUAUACCAUGGAGGAAGCACUGAGGAGAGUUAAGCUUAUGCGGGCUGACCUAGAGGGCACAGAAAUCCUGACGCCACUCCAGGCCAUUUACAGGGGACCUUUGAUCCCAGGUGAUCCCCUGCUGGUUCAAAGUAAAAAAUCAAAUAUUAAAUAUCUAGAUCAGUGGCUCUCAGCUGUCAUUUGA